CUGAAUCUAUGUCAAUAUGUCGCGUAACACUUACCACAGACCUGACACAUUUUGACUGCCUGCUUCAUUAGGUCUUGAUAAGUUGUAGGGUUCAACAAUCUGCCCACUAUAGACUCGCUGCGUGCUGCCUGUCAAGUUUUAUAUAUAUAUACUAACUCGUAUGAUAUAAAUGUUUGGAGGGAAACCUUUUUUAUGGCAAAGUGGGUUAGACAAGUGUUUGUAGGUGUAUAUGAAGCAUGAAGACCCUGGCAAGCUUGUGAAAUACACUGGUGUCGAGACCAUUCCUGUGAGCAGACUGCAAGCAUGUGCACUAGAGCUAGCUAGUCCUUUGUUCCUCAGAGAUGGGAAAAAAAAUGAUGUGCCCUACAGUUCGUUGACUUGUCAUUUUGUCAAGAAGGUGACUUGUGCCCUGUGAUUUCUGGAGUGAUCUAUUUUUACAUUUUUUUCAUUGUUGAGACUUUGGGGAUUUUUUUGUUGUGUGUAGAGAAGUGAGGCUCUAGUGACUUUGGGGAGAAUGCAUUCUAUAUGUAACUUGGAUGUCUUCUAGUCAUGUGAUCAAAGGAAAUGAGGAAUUUGAAGCUUUGUGUUUUAACUGUUAUAUUUCGAUGAUCAGGGCACAGUGAAAAUAAUAUUCUGGAGAUUUUUAAAUGCACUGCAACAAACAGGAUUAUGGAUUUACUAUGUUGACAUGUUUGCAGAGCUAUGUUUUACAGUCUGCCGACCUUCUUAUUGCUCAUUGUUCUGGUGAAUGGCUAAAAAUAUACAUAUUGAUAUGUGCAGUCUUUCAUGUUUAUAAUCUUUCUUUUUAAAACUCUGUAAGAUAACAAAGGACUUGAAGGCAAUUUUUUUCUCUUAUCAGAACAUCAUGACUAGAGGUAGUCAAAUAUGAAGACUUUAUAAUGAUGUUGGUUUGAAUAUCAGUGUUGAAGACUUGGGGACUUACUAGCUAGAAAUACUUCACUCUGUCUUUCUCUCUUUUUUUAUCAUUUUAUUUUGAGAAGCAAUUUCUUCUGGGAACCAUUUGAAGACAACAGUUGUAGAUAAUGAAAAAAGGGGAAAUGUAAACAAAGUGGUACACAUGUCGAACCUGGGAGAGAUCUCAUUGAACUUCAUGCUGGGGAUAGACUCAGCCAGGUGUGUAACAGAGGACAAGAUUGCAGGCUGUCAGCUUCCCUGUGUACCAGACUUGUUCUCCAGGAAAAAUGGAGUCAAAAGUUUCAGUGAUGAUGAAAUGCCACAUGUCAUGGAAAGCGUGUGUAUGCCAGACACCACCCGUCAGGACAGCGUGGCGACAUGCUCUAGUGAUGGUUCACUUGAUGCCUCACCGCUGACCAAUGACGGAGGCUGUUCUGUAACCCCUGACAACUCGCGCUCAUGUACACCUUCCUCAUUAAACUGUCUGUUGAGUCCGAUAAGUAAAGACAGUCGCUCGGCUGACAGUUCUCAAUGUGAAUGCAAAGAUGCCCUGCCACCACCUGUAAUUUGUAAGUGGAAAGACUGUGAUUUUGAAGACUUUGAAGACCAAGGAAUCCUGGAACACAUAAAGUCAAAACAUGUGUAUUCUCAGGAAGGAAAGAAAGUCUCUUGUCUCUGGGAAGGCUGUAAAGUGUACAGUGUACAGUCCAGAUCUCAAGCAUGGCUGGAGCGCCAUGUGGUAUGUCACUGUGGGGACAAGCCAUUCCGGUGCAUCGUGGAUGGAUGUUCACUCAGCUUUACAUCUCACAAGGGACUGGAAAAACAUGUGAACAAUCACUUCAAGCUACAACAACUACCAAAUCAGAGACCCUCCAAGUCCAGAGAAGACACACCCACAAAAAUGUGGAAGAAGAGAAGGUGUCGAAAAAGUCGCCCACCUGGUGUAAAGCAAGUGGAUUUCUUUGAUGAUGGUAUAAUGGAAAAAGUACAAGCAGAACUGACCUACAUUACAGACCUAACACAAAUUGAUCUCAAUGGCAGCUCAAACUCGGCCACAUUCCACAGCUGUGUUAUAGGAAGAAGAACUGAUCGGACAGGGAAAGUCCAGGCAUUGCUUCAUUGGCAGCCAGAGCAGGUAAUUCAUGAUUGCUGGGUUCCAGAGAAGGAUGUGGAACAAUUCCAGACCUGCACCAUCCCUCUUAAGCAGCUACCUCAACCAAUGGCGGCCAACCUUCACACCUCCAUCUACCACCACCACAGACGCCGCAAACACCGCAGAAAGUGACACCACCCAGCAAGUUCUAUCUAAAGUGCAAAUAAUAUAGACUCUGAUUCAAAUCUGUGGAUUCAAAUCUUCUGCUUGUUUUCAGUGGUUAUGCUGUUUCACUAGUGUGUGAGCUAUACCACAAAGUUGUUUUCCUUUGAGAAAAUUCACCAGGUCUGUCAAUUAGAAGUACCUGGUAGAUCUAAGUUAAUUUGCAGUGAAUGAAAAUGUGAAGAGGUUUUCUACUUUUUUUGUCAAGGCAAGAAAAGAGAUGAUGUUCUACAGGUUAAAAUUGUUAAUACUAGUACUAUGGUAAGCUAAAUUAGAUUCAGUUCUCUUCCCUUUUUUUUUUUUGCAAGACUGUUUUAUUAUUAGAUGUUUGAUUUUUCAAGUUAUGCAAGUACGGUAUAUUUUAAUUUGCUUAAGCAAAAAAAAAAAAAAGAUGACAAGUUUACAUUACAAGAGAAAGGCACUGCAAAUAAGAAAUUAACUAAAUUUUUAAUUUCCAAAAUUAUUGCAUGCAUUAAUUGGUGAACUACAUUCCUUUUUAUCAACUUAACUAAACACUAUGAUUCCUUUGCCAACCAUUUUUGUGACUCCAUAUUUCAUAAAACCAAAGGCAAACUUAGGGUACACAUGUAGAAAGCCUAAUAUGUACAAUUCGAUAGGAUUUCAUAAAGGUCAUAUUGAAUUGAAGAGAAAGAAAAAUUUCAAUUCAAUGUUUUGGAAUACUGUAUUCUCUUUUAUGUGGUCAGGAAGUUCUUAGUGCAAUUUGGAAUUAAAAUCAAGAAAAAGCCAGUCAAUAGGAAUCAGAAAAUAUCUGUAAGGAUAACAGUAAUUCUCCUGCAAAGUUCUCUAGCUGUACAGUUAUAUUGUACCUUGAGACGUCCCCCAUCUACCUCUGAUCUCUGCCUAUAAAUUAUUUAUUCUCUGAACAGAUUAGAUAUAGUCUCGCCUUCUUUGUAUUAUUUAUAUUUUGUUUAUUUUUCCAAAUGUAAAUAGGUUUGGCAAAACCAUAAGCAUAGGAAUGAUAUUUUAUGAAUGUGGUAUAUUCUCAAGAUAUACUGUGUUCAUAACUUAAUAUGGGAUUUUGUUAGAUGUAAUCUUAUUGUUAUUUUUAUGGAAUCUUAUCUCCAAAAAUUUGUAAUGAAGCAGAAAAUAUUAAGUAAAUUUUACCUUUUUUCAAAUUUUGGAGGAUAAACAAGGUGUGACCUUUUAGAUACAUGUAUAUUGAAUAAUUGAGUUCUUUGCUUUUCUUUACAGUUUUUGUAUUUAUUACAAAAUUGCUCAUGUUAAAUGUGUGGCCUAUAAGAUAAUACAAAUGUGCUACGGUAGCUUGAGUACAAUACUUGUACAGUUAUUGUAUAUUUUCUCAGGGAAGUAUUCAAACUAUUUAUUUACAAGCUUCUAAAAAAAUUCCAAUGCUUCAGACAAAGUGAGGGGAAAUCUACAUUCACAAAUAUCAAGUUUCGUGGUUUUAUUUCAGUUUUUUAAGUUAAUUUUAAAACAUUUACUUUUAACAUUACAGAAGAUGAUAGUUUUCCCAUCCCAAAUAAUGAUCAAAAUAACAUUCAUAAGUCACUGAAAAUGUAUUUAUAGUUUGACUGUUUAUGCAUGAUGUAUAUAUGCACUUUCAGAGAACCUAUAACCUUUUUAUGGGUAAAAUUGAAACCUUGUAAUAAUGACAAGACAUUGGAAAUAUCUAUCAAUAUUUAUCAGUUGACAGAGUCAAUUACAGUAGUCACAGUGAACAGUAGUCUUAUCACUAGGUCAGGACAACUCAUUAUUGGCAGAUGUGAAAUGUAUUGAAAUGCUAUCAGUCAAAAACAUUUACUAUUGGACCAAAGCAGCUAAAUAGAUAAAGCCCAGGCUCAUAAUAUUACUGUAAUUCCAUUAAAUUUGAAGGUGUUCAUUGUACUACAAAUGUAAAAUGCAUACUUCUCUUGUUAUUUUUUAUUUAGAUAUAAUUUUAUUUAGUUUGUCCUUUUGAUGAGAAACAUUUGUCAAGUGUGCAAGAUGCAAAAGCAAUACAUGACAUAUGGAGUUGCCUCCCUAUUUGCACAAGAUUUUCUCAGGAUUUUUCAUCGGAUAAAUGUUUCUUACUGUAUUUCCAUGGUUUGGAAGACAAUAAAUGGUGAAGAAUUAAGCAAGUUCAGAAUAAAGUAUAUUUUUCUGAAGUAAAAAGAUCUCAUAAACAUCAUUUUUGACAUCUAUAUUGUGGUAACAAGACAAUGCUUGGGUCCUGUGAAAAAGGAAAUUUUCAUAGCAGAGCGGAUGCUUAUGUUGAUGUGCAUAUGAAGGGAGGGUUUUUGUAAAUAAGUCAAUUGAAAGCAAUUUGUUAGAGAAGGAAAAUCAAACCUGAAUGGAUGAGUUCGAUUUUUUUUAAAUAAGUGUAUCAUUAGUUUGACUGACAUUAAUUUUGAGAAUCAUCAACAUUGUUGAUGAAUUUGAUUAUACAUAAAAUCAUAUGAACUCUAUGAGACAGCAUUUUACAAUCAUUGUAUCAUGAUAUUUUAUGAUCCUAUCAUUUAGCAAAAUAGAUGUUUAAUGCAACACAACAGAAUAAAUCUAACUUUUUAAAAUGUUAAUGAAACAUAUCAGUAUUGAAGGUAAAAAAAAGAGAAUUUUGUGUAACAGAUAAAUGAAAUAGAUUACAUGAAGACUUUUGUUGAUAUGAAUAGCAUUCUCAAGGUCACAUGGUGAAGGUGAGAAUGUUGACCUUCUGUGUAUAUAAAUAUUUAAUCUUGGCUUAGGCCUUAGGUCAAGGUCAAAUUGUUGAAGGCUGUAUUUUUUGUUGUUGCAUGCCCACUCCGUACAUGUGUUUGUUUGUUUUGUACAUACAUGACCUUGGCCGGCUUGCUAGUGACCUUAGGUGUCUAGCUUUGACUGUUAAUUGUUUUUCUGAAAAAAAUAUUUAUGUUCUGUUUUUGUAUAUAGUUAUUAUACUGUUACCCCAUUAAUAUUGCCAACCUGUAUUUUUCUCUGUAUAGAUAAGAUUUUGUAAUGCAAGCAAUAGGAUGGCAAAUCAAAUUAAAAAGAUAGACAGACAUCUGUCAAACAACUCAUAUUCCAACACAUCUGCUCAAAAAUGUGUACACUUUAUAGUUCAUGCAAAAGUAUAUUUGCUUAAUAUCAGUAUAUAGUAAUUCAACUGUUUUUUGUCCUUUUCGUUUUGCUAUAUUAUGCACAAGCAGUUGCGUGCCAUCAUUCUGUACAUACUGAUCAGCAAAUAUUUAUUUGAUUUUUUUCUCUGUCAAGCAAUUGGUAACUUGAUAUAAAUAUUUACAGGCCUUUGAUGGUAACAUUUACAAGCCUUGGAUACAGUGUGACUAGUCAUUGUGUUUUUGUUCAGGUGACCAAAUACCUUCUUCACCACAUCUAAACAUUUACUGUUUACAGAGAUUGGAGAUUUUUCCCUUUCAAUGUAUUACUCUGUUAAAACUGGUACAAUGUGUCUGUACCUGUUCCAUCACCUGUGGGAUUAGUUUAUACGUUCUUGAUAUUUUUGAUUUGUGAGAUGAACUGAGUAGAUUCAGACAUGUCUGAACUGUUGAAUGUUUCAGAUGGAGCAAGUUAAUCAGACAGGUUUGACUAUAACAUUAAUCAAUACUGAUAAAAAAUGUCAACACUUUAAAAAUACAUGUGAACGACUAGAGUCUUUAUAAAACUUGUAUAUGUUGAUGAUUUUAUGUGAAGUAAAGCAUUGUUUUGCAGUUAUUAGUAAUCUAAAUCUGUAAAUCACCAGUAUUUUUGGGGGGUUUGGGGUGGGGUGAAUUUCUUAGGUGUCUGAGUGUCAAAUCGCAUAUUUAUAAGAUAUUAAACUAUUGAGUGGUAAUGUUAUUCACAUUGAUAAGCUUUUCGUGUUACUGGAAAUGUUUUAUGGCAAUAGACACAACAAUGUAUCAGCAGAAGUAAACCUCAAUAAAUACUAGUAUUCCUUCUGUAUUUUCAUUUAAAAUAAUGUUUUUAAAUCCAUUUACACUUGUCAUCUCAACUUUUUUCACCAAAGAUCAAACAAUUUUUUUGUCAAUGAUUUGCAUUCCAAUCCCCAAAUCACAAGUAAGUGUUGAAUUUGAAUCAUUCGAAAAGAAAGCUGGUAAGUCUUGAAAGAAUGCUGCAAAGAAAAUGAUGAUUUGAUUUCUCAUGGUGAUGUCAAAUGUAUCUGAUAUUGAUAUUGGGUACAAAUGACAUCACAAUUAAUAUCAGGUACAGAUAUAAAUGACAUCACAAUGAGAAAUAUUCAAUCAAGUGAUUCGACUUAUGAUAAAAACUUAGAAUAAACUUCAUGAAGUAAAGGUUAACAGAUAGAUAGUUGUAGUUCAUUUCUGUAAGCUGAUUCUAAUCCCUUAUCUUUUGAGACAAUAUUAAUACUCUGUACUCUAAUUUUUCUUAAUUCAGAUGUUCAUUUAUAAUAAACGCAACUUUUGCCAUCAUAUUUACAUGCAGUCAUUUGAUUAGUGAAAACGGAAUGUGAUUGGUUGAUAAGAUUGACUCAUGUUGUGCCUAUACCUAUGUGUAUUUAUUGCAAAACUGGAUGAAAUGAUUCCUACAUGUAUUGUCAUCUUCAGUGAAUCAAAUUCUGUAAACAUGUACCAUCGUUUGCCUGGCCUGUCUCAUGCAGCCAUAUAAAGAAAUGCACAACUAACUAGAACUACACUUGGUAUUCUUAAGAAUUUUGUCAAUAAUAUAAAACAGUUGUGUGUUGAACCAUUGUACACAUGUGUAAAAAUGAAGUGUGUGUGCGAGUUCCUCUGUAUGGCUGCAUGGAGGACUGCGUUGUUCAUAUGUUCAUAUAGGCCAUCCGUCAUACUGGGGUGGCUUUCAUUUUCGGUGAUUUUCCAUUCAGUGUUCAAGUGAUGCUUUGAAAGUUUUUGACAAGAUCUGUGUUUACACUCAUUUGCAGAGUAAAUGUAUAUGAACAAUUUUGAAAGUAAGGGUGUAAUGUGUUUUGAUAUUUAUAAUUGAUUAGGUCAUCCUUUGUAUUGUACAAGUAGAUAGAUUUGUACAAAAUAAAAGUGACAAAGACAC